UUUUAUUCAAAUGUUUAAAGUGUUUAAAUCAAUACAACUCGUUUACGUUCAGUAGAAAGCGCGCGCGUGCUGAAUGUAAACAAGGCUGGUUACUUUUGCUGCGUUCAAUUCGCAUUUUAUUCGUCCUAAAUAGUAUUCGGAAAUAGAAUUAUUAGUAUGUCCCAAAUCAUAGUAUGUUGAUAAGUAUGCCAAAGAUUCCCGGAUGGUCUGCUACUCGAAAUUAAAAUUCAAAGUGCAGAUCGAUGCACACUCUAAUCUAACGGCUAAUAUUGCCCACAACACAUUGCGCGGUGGAUGAGGAUUCGAUUAGAACUACAAACACGCAUAAAAAGUGUUCAAAAACUACAAACAUGGCGGAUAUGCGAGACUAACGGGCAGGCAGAUAAAGUUUUUUUUAAUGAUAAAUAAUCAAUAAAUCAACGCACAAAAAGUAUUCUCUUAGUUUUGUAAAAUUACGGUUCAACCCCUGAUGUCACAUGGACUAUUUUACCGAUGUUCUUGAAACGUUUCUGUGCUUUGAUUAUAAGUCCGCUGUAUGCAGAUUUUAAGGAAAGUGUGUGUCCCUCUCUCACUCAUUCUGAGGAUUUUUUUCCUGGGAACAAGUCCGUCAAAGAGGAAUUUAACACGACUGUAAAUCAGUGGUGUAGCAAUAGGUUUAAAUGAGGCUAAUCUGAUGAUGUUCACUUGAUAACAUCUUGCUGAGACCUCUGGAAGUAAUCAGAAUUUCCUUCAGGAUUUCCAGUUGUGGUUGAUGCAUUGACAAGCAUAUCUCCACCAUUGCACUUCUGAAAAUGAAUCGGAUUACUGUGUGGACUGGAAGGAUGUAGCUACAAGAUGCCAUAACCACCACCACAGCUGUUAAAUAAACACAAAUUAUUCACAUUUUAUUUGGUCAUCUUUAUUUCCUACAAAAACAACAGUUAUUCUUUUUCCUUUUGGAUUUUAAAAUUCUUCCCAUACUUGACCAUCUCCUCUUCAUCUGUCAGUGGUGCUGGUGCAGGUUCUCCCCCGCUUUUUGCGAGCCUCUGCCACCUUGCUGUCGACUGAGUACAAGACAGUGGGUAGACGGGAAACGAAGUUGGAGAGAGAGAGGGGAGGGGAUCAGGAAAGGUCCGCGAGCCGGGACUCGAACACGGGACGCCCGAAGCGCAACGAUCUAUAUGACACACUAUUAUAAAGAUGGCAUUUAUUAAAGUGGAGAGUGAAGACAUGAAGAUAGAAGAAACAUUCAGAAUCAAACAUGAAGAUACUGAGGAACAAACAAAGAUGGAGAUUAUUAAAGAGGAGAGUAAAGACAUGAAGAUUGAAGAAACAUUCAGAAUCAAACUUGAAGAUACUGAGGAACAAACAGACCUGAAGACACUGAAAGAGGAGAGUCAAGAACUCAAUGAAAAGGAAGAUAAUGUUCAGCAUGAGAAAUAUGAUUUCAUGACUGGAGAAAAAUCAUUUAGUUGCUCACAUACUGAAAAGACUCAAAUGACGGCAAAUAGAAGUUAUUUCACCUGCCAACAAUGUGGAAAGAGCUUCAAUAAAAAAGGAAUCCUUGAAGACCACAUGAGAGUUCACACUGGAGAGAAACCUUACACCUGCAAACUGUGUGGAAAGAAGUUCAUUCGAAAACCAAACCUUAAAUACCACAUGAUAAGUCACAGUGGAGAGAAACCUUACACAUGUUCUCAAUGUAGAAAAAGUUUUAAACAGAAACAACACCUCGAUGACCACCAGAGGAUUCAUACUGGAGAGAAACCUUUCACCUGCCAACAAUGUGGAAAGAGUUUCACUAAAAAAGGAACCCUUACAGACCACAUGAGAGUUCACACCGGAGAGAAGCCUUACACCUGCAAACUGUGUGGAAAGAGCUUCGUUAGUAAAUCAAACCUUAAAAACCACAUGAGAAUUCACAGUGGAGAAAAACCUUACACGUGUUCUCAAUGUGGAAAAAGUUUUAAACAUAAACAACACCUCGAUGACCACCAGAGGAUUCAUACUGGAGAGAAACCUUUCACCUGCCAACAAUGUGGAAAGAAUUUUGCUCAAAAAGGACACCUUAAAGACCACAUGAGAGUUCACACCGGAGAGAAGCCUUACACCUGCAGACUGUGUGGAAAGAGCUUCAUUAGUAAAUCAAACCUUAAAAACCACAUGAGAAUUCAUACUGGAGAGAAACCUUACACGUGUUCUCAAUGUGGAAAAAGUUUUACAUAUAAACAACACCUUGUUGACCACAUGAGAAUUCACACUGGAGAGAAACCUUUCACCUGCCAACAAUGUGGGAAGAGUUUCAUUCAAAAAGGAAACCUUAACAAACACAUGAAGAGUCACACUGGAGAGAAGCCGUUUACAUGAGUUUCGAAAGUAAAGUAGCUCUUUACAAUCACACCGGAGUGAUUAUUGUUCAGUGUGUCAUGUGAUUAACUGCUAAAUUCAAAUAUGCUUUCAUGCUUUGGCUGGUUUUGAGCCAGAGGUGGACAUGCUCAGUGCUUGUCCUAUCCGUUAUGAAAAUGAACCAUGCUUUUACUAUAGUAAAACUGUAAUAACCGUAACUGUAGUAACCACACUUUUACUAAAGCAAGUUGUAUUACAUUUAACAAAAGUUGUGUAAUGAACUUCUACAAAAUAAAAAGGUAACACUUUAUUUUAAAGGUCAAGAAUAAUGCAUUAGUUAAGCAUAAAUAAACUUGUAAUUAAUGAUUAGCUUGUUCACAAUUAUGCAUCAAUUAAGCAUGAACACACACAUAACUAAUGAUUUUCUGAUGGGGUGUAACGGUACACGUAUUCGUUCCGAAAAUAAUUUUCGGUAUGGGUCUUUCGGUUCGGUACGUACGUGUACCGAACAAAUCAUUACAGGAUUUUUUCAGGAAAUUCAGACAAUAAAUGCCGUUUUGACGCUGUUUGAUGAGGCAAGACAGAUUGCUGUAUAAACGUCUCAGUCCUGAUGGUACCGUUCUGAUGGUACGCGGAGCGCAAUCAUCCCUUCCUCUAUUUACAACUAGUUUUUACGUGAAAUAAACAUGAAUUAACAUCUAAUGCCUCAUGUAAUCGCACAAUCAGUGUUUCACUCGCAGAAAGAUGCGAUUAAAGCGGCUUGUAGACAACAUGUCACGUAGCAUUUGUUAGUUCACAUGAGAAAUUAAGUUUAUACAAGCAUUUCGCGAAAUAUUAGAGCUAGGCUAUAUAUUCAUUAUAUUUUACUUUACCUCUUAGGGUGCUUUCACACCUGCCUCAUUUAGUUCGGUUGAAUUGUACUAGAGUCCGUUUUCCCUCUUGGUGUGGUUCGUUUGGGCAGGUGAGAAUGCAGCGGGUGCGCACCAAAAGCGGAACUUUGGUACGGUUCGUUUAAGGUGAGAAUAUGAACCGGCCUUGAUCCGACCCAAUUGCAGAAAGCACGCUCAGAAAACACACAGCUCGCGCAUAUAUUGCUGUUGUUUGCAUUUCAAUCGCUUAAAUCACUCGUUUUCAAAAAUGCAUGCAAAUUAUGAGUUUUCAUGACCAUAGCGCCCACAGCAACGUGACAUGAGCGCACUAAAUAGGCUAAAGCUUGCCGCAAAGCCCCGGCAAAAGUUACAAUGAAUGUGUCUGGGGAAAAUAGUAAGGAUAUAUUUGAAUUAUUUAUUAAUAAACUAGUGUUUUCUGAGUUAGUGUCACAAAGAUGAAGUUAAAAAUCCUGACUUGCCAUCUUCUUAUUGGACGAGCCUUUAAAAAUAAAUGCAUCUUUACGGAUUAUAAUGAAAGAGUUUUUGUUUUGGAUAUGAUUUAUUUCCUUUUGUAGAAAUUCAAAGCUUUCUAUAGAUAUAUUAAUCAUGUCUGUAAGGAAAACAUUCACUGAGUUACGGUAUUUUUGACGGGAAGCGCAUCCUAUUAGUUUUCUUUAUUUUAGAAAAGCAUGUUUUCUCGAUAUUGUGAGUGCACUCAAAUAAAAAUAUACCCUUUACAGUUCCGAACGAUGUAUUAUUAUUACCUUUAUGAGCAACAAUUACGGCAUAUUUGUAUGAUGUUCUGAAGCGCGCUUCAGCUUCAACU